UGAUAUUAUGAAUUUUGAAUAAGGUAGAAUGAAACCAAUCUUUUCGUUAUUCAUCCAUCAUUUGUAUUUUAAGGGUAUUGCUUGGAAUAAAUGCUGUAUUUAGAUUUAAAUGAUAUUUUUGUCCAUGAAUCUAUUUGGAAAAAUAAUGAGCUCAACGGCCAUUUGGCAACGCCCUAUGUUUCUCCACACCCUACUAUACAACCACCUGGCUCUGAUAUAAUACAGUACUUUGUCAACAGAGUCUUUGUCAACGGAAUCUGCAAGCAGGCUAUUUGCUUGCGGUAGUGUUGCCCCCGUCUGUGACACAAGUUAUCUUGUGUAUUCAGCAAACGAAGUGGUGUCUUGUCAGCGUAUUGUCAUAUGUGCAAGUGGCGCGCUCCAGACUUUGCAAGAUUGCAGUGGAUCUUCGAGAACAUUUAAGACAUGGACGCCAGGAUAGCUGCAUAUAAGGGAAAGCGUUUCUCCCUGCUUCUCUUUAUUACUCAGAUUAUCCUGCUCAUCUUGUUUGCAGCAUUUGGUAGCUAUGCACCAUACGAGGACCCCACCAUCAACAGUCGUGUGAGCGGUAGUGGAAACAGCAUCCCAUAUUUCUAUCCAAUGUUCCAGGAUAUCCAUGUGAUGAUAUUCGUUGGUUUCGGCUUCCUGAUGACGUUUUUGAGGAAAUAUGGCUAUGGCUCUGUUGGUUACAAUCUAUUCAUUGCUGCUCUGGUCAUCCAAUGGGCAACACUCGUCAAUGCAUGGAUGGGAAACUGGUUCGAAGGGUCGUAUUCUGGUCAUUUCAAAGUCGAUAUCAAAAUGCUGAUAACCUCAGACUUCGCAGCAGCGGCAGUGUUGAUAUCGUUUGGGGCAGUCCUUGGCAAAGUGUCUCGCUUUCAACUUCUAAUAAUUGGUUUGAUGGAGGUGGUCUUCUAUGCUUUGAACGAAAAACUUCUUUCUCAUAAAUUUCAUGUAACAGAUGUUGGUGGUUCAAUGGUUAUUCAUGCCUUUGGUGCUUAUUUUGGCCUCGCUGUCUCCAGAAUAAUUCACAAUGACAAAUUGGCAAAAGAGAACACGAAAGAAGGCGCCUCCUAUGAUUCAGAUUUAUUUGCCAUGAUAGGGACUCUCUUUCUCUGGCUAUUUUGGCCUAGUUUUAAUGGUGGUUUGCUUGGACCAGGCACGCAGCAAAAUCGUGCAAUCAUCAAUACCUACUUCUCUUUGUCCGCUGCUGUCAUCAUGACCUUUAUUUUGUCUCCUCUUUUGAACAAGGAAAACAAAAUUAGUAUGGUCCAUGUGCAGAACGCCUCUCUUGCUGGUGGGGUUGCGGUUGGUACAAUGGCUGACCUCGUACUGAAUCCUUGGGGAGCAUUGUUGGUUGGUAUGAUAGCAGGAGCUUUGAGCACUUGCGGAUAUGCGUUUCUUACGCCUUUGUUAAACCGGAAAUUGAGGAUUCACGACACGUGUGGAGUGCACAACCUUCAUGGAAUGCCUGCAAUUGUUGCAGCUAUUGGUGGUGCCAUUGCAGCUGCAUGUGCCGAUGAAAAGGCAUAUGGAAAAGACCUGUAUUCAAUAUGGCCGUCACGUUCUAAUGUGCCAUCAACAAACACAACGGCGGCUGUCAAAGGACGUUCUGCUAGUGCUCAAGCCGGGUACCAGUUGUUUGCUUUGAUCGCAACAUUUGCAAUUGCCAGUGUAGGUGGCAUCAUAACUGGCUUCGCCAUUGCAUUUGCAGACCAGUUAACAGAAGAACAGUAUUAUGACGAUGCUUCGUAUUGGGAAGUUCCUGUCGAAGCAAGAGAGGAGCAAGAGCAAGAGCAAGAGAGGUUAAUGAAAAGUGUUCCUCCCGAAAAUGAAGAUGAGGAUGCAGUUUAAAUAGACCCGGUUUAGUUCAAUUUAUGCCAAGCUAUUAAGCCUAGAAAGUAUCGAUCUCUCUGCUUGCUAAGUGAGUAGCCAACAAAAAUGUAUGCCCAAUAUAGUUCGUUGUAGGUUGUGGGAUACUAUUCCAAGUUUUUGGACCUGUGUACAAGAAAAUUUGUUUGGUAUGUUCUAAUUUUAGUCUUUGUACAUGGAGACUCUUGCUGUUCCUCAUGUUGUAUUUUGAUAUGACAGACCUUUUUAUGAACUUAUUUUGUAGGCCUUCAGGACAAAGCUGAUUGUCAAUUUUGUAGUUCAUUACCGCCUGGUCAAAGGUCAUCAGUUGAUUUACUUUCAGGGAGUUCUUAUUCCAGGCAUCCUUUACUCUCGCAGACUCUAUCAGAUCGAAUGCUCUGUUCUGAUAUUUUUGCAGAGUGCUUAGCUAAGUAUCAAAGAGGGCUCCUCGUACCACAUUGGCAUAUCUCAAGUGGCUUUCAACAUGAUACAUAUCAAGCAGUUGAGAUUGUGGUUAGAUGUUUUUUAGUUUCCUGAGUGAUGAUUGGCUGCUAGCUAAUUUACCUUCGACUAAUUUGUAUUGUUCAUUCCAGAUUAGCUUAUCAUCUACAGCAAGUCCUAGAUAUUUCGUUUUAUGAACCUGUUUUAUUCUAGUACCAUCCAAAUAAAAUGGUGGCAACUCUGGCAGUUUGCUCUGUCUUCAGGGACUAGGAAUUUUAGGCAUUCGUCAAAGUCAUUCAGAUACACGUUGAACAGCAAUGGGCCUAGAUAGGAUUCCUGGGGUAUUACACAUGUAACUGUCCGGGAAUUUGACUUUUGACCGUUUAACGAACUGGUGUCGGUUACUAAGAUAUGAUCUUAACCACUCUACCUCGGUGCUGUCAAUUCCAUAUAUUUUAGCUUUCUGAUAAGUAUUUCAUGAUCUACCAUGCCAAACGCUUUCUUUGAUCUAGAAGGAGCGCGAAAUUGACAUCGUUCUUGUCUAUUAGAGAGGUGAUGGUCGAAUGCAGAUGACGAUAGGCAAAUUGGCUCAUUUACUUUCUAUUUGAAAGAAGGAAGCCAGUCCCUUUAAAUAGCUUAGCCAAAAUGGAUAGAACGGAAAUAGGCCUGUUAUUAUUUUUCUCAUUUCGAGCUCCAGAUUUGAAAAUUGGCGUAAUUUUUGCAAUAAAUUUCGUAGAAUCUUUCAUUAGAUUAGCAGGAAUACCAUCUGGACCGGGUACUUUACCAUUCUUUAGCAUAUUUAGAGAGUUGAGCAUUGUUUCCUCGCUCAUUAUUUUGAAAGAAAAUUUUUUAUCAGCAUCACUUCUAUUUUAUUUGCAAGUUUUGGGCCUACACUAACAAACAUUUUGGUGGAUUAAAAGUAAUUAGAAUCGCUUUUUACUUUCCCUCUUGAAAUCAAGGCUGCCGAAAGUCUCGUUUCUCCUGCCACUCCUAUUCUUCAGUAGCCAGUUUCAGUUGCGGUUCAGAAGUACCAAAUCUCCACAGCUGCUAUUGUUUCGUCGUCUUCUGGGAGGGGUAUCCCCUGUUUUUUCAGCCAUUUUGUUACUCUCCCCUCCUUGUUUUGUGCCAUAAUAAGAAAGCCUGGGCGAUUUUCGUAGCUAUUGGAUAAAACUAUUCCGUACCUGUCGAUUUUUAUUCGGUGAAUAGCACAAACAGCUGAUUUUUCGUCUUCCGAUCACCCGAGAGCGAACCCAUGGUGUGAUUCAUUUCUUUGGAAAGGAUUCGCCAUGAACUUGUAUGCGUGCACUAUCUGUAGUCUGAUGUAUGCAUUUAGCAUUAGCCCAGUACUGUUCAAACCCAACUGCAGAUUCAGAACCAGUUUCAUGGCCGGAUUUACAACCAGAUUUACGACUAUCUUCAAUACUGGACAUUCAAAUUCACUUUUUACGAUCACGACUAGAAUCACAACUACGAUGCAACAUGUUUUAGUUUUUAAUGAUCCGCACAGCCAAUGUGUUAUCAUGAUCUAUGGUAAAACAACCAAUUAACCCAACCAAUUAACUUCUUCAUGUUCAAAAUGUUUCUAAAUAAACAAAAUAUCAUGUAAUCGAACAUACAUUUUGUAACAAACUUCCUUUUGAACAUAUUUCAAUUAGCUAUACGUAGAUUUUUUAGUAUUAAUGAUCCAAAAGUUCAAUUGUUUUGCUGAAACAUAAACACUUCUCUUUUGCCAA